CGAACCUCCAUUACGCCGAAAACAGCAAAUGUCAUUAACCUGUCAACCUGUAAUUUGAUGAUGUAACAGACACCAAAUAAAACAAUCCUUUUAUGUAACAAACGUUACAUUUGUGUUAAGUGAAUGUCGUAACAACCCUCCACAUUUACAAAUCAUAACUUCUUUAAUCACAAGUGAGACAAUCAUUCAUUAUUACAAAAAAAUCGGUUAUUCGGCCAAGCACGUGUCACCUAUCUGUCAAGAAUGUGUGACGUUAUUUGACUCCCAAAUGAUAUCCCGAAAAUUAUUCGCCUCAAAUGAAAUAAACAUGCUUGAGAAAUGAUAAUAAUUGGAAAUACAGUGACCUCGAGUUGAAAAAUCCCAAUUUCGAACAAGAUGUCUCUCCUCAGUGGUGUGAUAAGGCGGAGUGCCCCAAAACUGCUCAAAACCUUUAACAUUCGCCCCGUGACCAACGGAGUCCCGAAUUUGAACAAGAAAGAAAUUGAAGUCACUUUCGUGAAACACGACGGCACUCGCAUUAAAACGAAGGGAAAAGUAGGAGAGUCGUUUCUGGAUGUAGUUGUCAAUAAUGAUUUGUCUUUAGAAGGCUAUGGUGCUUGUGAAGGCACCUUAACCUGCUCGACCUGUCAUCUUGUCUUCAAGAAGGAAGAUUUUGAACAACUUCCUGACAGGCCAGAGGGCGAAGAAAGCGAUAUGUUGGAGCUGGCAAGAGGAGUCACGGACACGUCCCGACUGGGCUGCCAAGUUUUCCUCACGGAAAAUAUGGACGGAAUCGUCGUGGAAGUCCCAGAGAGCUCAAACGAUGCCAGACUUCAGUAAAAAAAAUAUAACUUAUAGUCAGUUAUUUAUUGGGGGUGGUAAAGUUUAGUCAAAUUUUGUCAAUUUUUUUGGUGCUUCUUAUGUACAGAAAUGUACGUCUUUUUGCUUCUUGUGUACAGAUACAGAUGUAAAUAUAUAUUUUUCAAAAGGUUACAAUAAAGUUAAUUCAAAAUCA